AUGAUAUUCACCACAGUGCUAAUGUUUCUCUGCUACACAAUACUACGCAUCAACAUUUAUGUUCCUUCCGGUCCAUUUGGAAUUAUUUUUGGACUAGUUUAUCCUUACUAUAAGUUUACGCCGACGUUAUACACAUUCGAAUUAGACUUCAGGGGCAUUGGCAAAUCCUCAAAUGAUGCUGAUGAUCAGCUCGUACAUGCCAACGAGAGUCACAAGCUCGUAUUUACUAAUAAUUUUGUCACCACAAUUCUUGUUGCUCAGCUUUUCUUAAGCGAAGGUUUAAUCUCCUCUCCAAUAGUCUGUCUUACUGGCUAUCUGAUCAGCUCGUUACUCUUCAACGGUGUGCUACCGUUGUUGCAUUCAAAGUUUGUGUUUUUAACAACUUUGUACGGUAGAUUGAUGAAAAAGUUCGGCCACUCUACAGGAUACCAUGCCAUUCCUAAUAUUGUGUCAACUGUUCCUAGUGUUGGCAUCCAGUCUCAUUCAAGAUCAAUCUCUCCCGAAGAUGUCGAUAAUACAACUGAAGAGCAUGAUGAUAACGAUCAGGACACCGACAUGCCGGCAAGAAGUUUGGGUACACAACUACUCGACACUUUCAGGUAG